CGACACAUAACCAAAGAGGUGGAGGUCGUUGACAAAAACCAAAGUAAAGGAGAACAAGAGAAAGAGGGCAACGGGGAUUGUAAUGCAAGGAAAGAAGCGGUGACCUCGAAUGCCGGUUCUUCCUCUUCUCCAACUAGGGACUUGGAGGUCCACGAGAACCCUCAUCCGGAUAAUGAAGAUGACUCCUUCCAAGUGGUAGGUAAGUAUAACAAGAUCAUCACCCGUAGUGGAGCCGCAACCCAAGCCGCCGCAACUACGGGCCAACACUCCAAGCUUAGAGACAAACCAAGCGGGAGGAGAGAUGGGGGAAAGGUGAAUUCGACAAAGAAGGGGGGGCCAACCCUCCUCCUCUCAAUGAUUAUUGCCUCUUGGAAUAUUAGGGGCUUUAACGGGCCCCUAAAACAAGAUGAGGUGGUAAACCUCAUUCGGAGAAAUAAUAUUGACGUUUUGGGACUCUUGGAAACAAAGACCGACACUAGGCGGCUAUCUCUCUUUAUGGAUAGAAGGUUGCCGGGUUGGGAUUUUUGCGAGAAUUUUGACGUUGUUGAUCGGGGCCGCAUUGCCAUCCUAUGGAACCCCAUGAAGGUUGACAUCACGAUGGAGGCCGCCUUGCCUCAAGUCAUUUUUGCAAACAUCCGGUGUAAGGUUAGCAAUCACUCGUUCAUAGCUAGCUUUAUAUAUGGACUCCAUACGAGAGGGGACCAGAAAUUGUUGUGGAACGACCUUAGG